CACAAAUAAACAAAAAUUCAAGGAUGUAUCUUGUUUGAUGAAAUUCAAGGAAUGAUUGAUGAUCAGAAGUUGAACGAUCGACUUUUAAAAAAAAUGAAUAUUUUAAUCUUUUUUUAAAUGCUUUCUUUUAACAAUCAAUGAAGAGAGCAACUUCGAAUGUAUAAUCAAACUUAUAACGUAGUUACAACAUAUUGUGUUCAUAGAGAUAAAGCUUUUAAUAUUUCAUUUACAGCAAAAAUGAACAGACUGUUUGUGAUUUUAGUGUUAUUUGUAAUUACAGACCAAAGAGUGAUACCACCGGAGAAGCUGCUAAAUUACCAACAAGAUAUUGAACCAUUUAAGACUUGCACGAAAAGGUGUAUCAUUGAGGAGUCAUCGUCCAUAACGAACAAAACAGGCACUUUAAAACAACCAAAGAUGCAAAGAAGAUAUGAAGGUGUAGUUUUAAUUAGGUAUGCAGGUACAAACAAACAGAAAUGUAUCAAAUGUGUCACAUUAAGAGACAGAUUUCCAAAUGCAGCUGAUGGUAGACAUGUGAAACAAACGUCGAACUUUAUAAUAAAUGACGAAAAUCCUUGCAAACCAGGCAACAGUCAUAAAUGCAACUUCUUGAUUUACUUGGAAACACCAACUGCACUGCCAACUCCUUUGCACGAUACAAUUGAAUAUCAAGCCCUGUCUUAUUUGAUUGAAAGAACAAAAGGGUAUCCGUCACAGAAAUGUCGUUUUGUGUCACGGAACAUUCGGUAUGAAAUUAAAGUAACACUUAAAUUUCAAACUGAUUAUGAAAGUUCUGUUUAUGAAUGUACCAGUAUAUCAACACAAUCUAACAAUGGACGAAAAGAGCACAUGGAUGUUUUGAAGUGGUCUUCAAAUACCAGGCAACAUCACAUGUCAACUUAUAAGCAGCUUGUUAUAAAUGACACAGAUGUCAAAAUACCACAAUUAGAUCUACGUGUGGAAGACAUUGUAGAUGAUAACAAAGACGAAAAGGACGAUACGACAUAUAUAUCAUAUAUGAGAGGACUUAUUAUUGCUAUUGCUCCCUUCAAUGCUUUAAUCCUUGUGAUAUAUAUAUGCAUAUGUUUUAGUAGAGGAAAUUGCAAAAAAGAAGUCAACAUUUUGAAAGCUCGUGGCUCCGAAGAUGUCACGGUGGUACAGCGUAAGAUAGAGGAUUUCCUAUCAAAACACAAGUACAAACCAGUAAUUAUAACCGACGAAAAAGAUGUUAAACCACAAACGCAAAAUCAAACUAUAAUCUUGUGUAUCAACGAUUCCAGACUUAAAGAUGAUAUCGAUGGUGUAUUGCAUAAAAUAAAUUAUUGCAAAAAUAACAUCAUCGUGAUUGUUAUUCAUUUUAAACAAGAUGAUUAUUCUGAGUAUGGAGAUUCUGAAAAGACAGUAAAGGGACUUGUCGCCAAGAUAUUAGAUUGGGAUAUGCGAUGCGAGCCUGUGUUUGAUAACGAAUUAACAUUGUCUGAUCUACAAGUUUUUCUAAAAAGUACCUUUGUAACAAAGCAAUGUUGUAAAAUACCGAAAUGUUGUAAAAUACCGAAAUGUUGUAAAAGAGACAAGCCAAUGCAAGUAUAAAUGUUAUAAAGUAUAAUACAAGUUAUAGACUGGUUGAUUUUGGGAAAAUGUUCAUCCUAACGGCAUUUUUUCAGAAGAAGCAGGUAGUUGAACUUACUUAUAUCGAGUAUGCUGAAUUCAGUUUUUUCUCUACCCCGUCUGUGUCUUUAGUCCCUGACCUUUAAAAAUCAAUAAUUUUACUUUAAUUAUCCCAUGGGCAAUAUAUAAACAAUUUUUUGGCAUUUUAAUUAAAGGCUUUGUUAAUUGUAGUCUGCUGAAGUGUGAACAAGAAGAAUAGAUGCAAAAACAAUAAAAUUUAUUGUGGAAGCCAUCUUUGAUUCCAAAAUGGCUGAAAAUUUCCUAUGUUCUAUACACUGUAUUACAAUUCAAGAAAACAAGCGCAAGAAGGCAUUUUACUAGGCUUGUUUUCUUUUAUUAGUGGUGGAGUAAUACAAAUUAAGACUUUCAAGCGCUGACGUUGAAAAACAUCCAUUUUAACCACACACUUAAUGAUGCAAAAAGGUCACUAUUUAUAACGUAAUACAACGUAAAUGAGAGCCACUUUGUCAUUUAGAUGUUAUUCUAUACUUCUAAGAAUACAAUCAUGUUCGUUAAACUA